AAAUACCACCAAAAUCAGCCUCAUCUCAAUUAUUAUAUAUAAAAAUAUCUAGCAACUUAUUCACAUGGAGCUUUGCUCAACACUCAAAGGUUUAGCAGUUCAGAUAUUUUCUAUUUUAGUAGAAUGGAAAACAGCAGGUCCAUCAUUCAUUCAUCAUAAAAGUUUUAUUUACCUUUUAGACGACUACUUUUUUCUGAUGUAAGGGAGCGGGGGCUCUUUAACUUUCUACAUUUAAUACGGAGAAAUCUUCUGUAACCAGUAGAUUGUGAUUUCGACGUCGGUUUAGAUUCACAUGUCCAUAUACAACCAAGUCAAUGAAGUCAAUUCAUAUUUUUUAGAUUUACCUGCCUGUGUAUAACCACGUCAAUGAAGUCGUUCCAGUCUCAAAUUUUAAAAUACAGGAUUGACGCAGCCAACGUACAGAACAUGCUCUAAAGGCUAAUAAGACUCUGUCAAUUUCCAGCACGGAAUUGUCUAUAUACGGCAGGGGCACCCAAAGCUCUUGGUUGUAAAUCCACUACAAUGGAAACAAAACAUAGAUCCUCAAGGCUUCCUCUUCUGGAGAGAUUGGGGGAAAUCAAAUUGCCUGCACAGGUCUCGAGUCCCCAUCUCGCAAAUCAAGCCUCAACGUCUCUAAUUCGAUCCCUGCUCCUCGCUUCAAGGGAACUAGAUCUGUUAGAGAAACCAAAACUAUGGAAUCAUACACAGCAUGUGGCUUGUAUCACUCGAAGAAUAAACCUCCUGUCUCUGCUCUUCCAGGAGCUCAACGACAAAGAGGUGGUCAUACCUCCUUCAGCGAUGGCGAGUCUGAGAGCCCUCCUAACGGUGAUACGCAAGACAAAGGACUUGUUAAAGGACAGGAACACCAGCUGCGUGUGGGACAUCAUGGAGGCCGGCUCUGUUUCACGAAGGUUGCAGGAAAUCACAAGGGACAUGGCCAAGGAGUUGGAGAUACUGCCGCUUGAGUUACUAGCAGUCUCGAGGGAGGUACUGGAGCAUGUGGAACUGGUAAGAAUACAUGCAAGAAACGUUCCCGAGAGGGUCGACGAAGAGGAUUCGAACCUGGUACGUGAGUUGGAGGAGGCCGUGGGAAGACUGGAGAGCAAGGAAAAGGGCGGGCCUCCGAAUGUGGACAAGCUGAGAGACCUGUUCUUCAGACUCGGUCUUGACAGUUAUUCCAAAUGCAAAACCGAGAUCAGGAAACUGCAGGACCAAAUCGCACUACAGGCCGGAACAGAUGCCGCACCUUAUGCCAUGGACAGAUUACGGAGCUUGAUCGGCCUGGUGGUCUAUUCCAAAUCGGUAUUGUUCGAAAGAGAGGAAGAUGAACCAGAAGAGAAGGACUGUGAACUGGUGCCCUGUUCCCCGACCUUCAACGAUGCGGCGGGAUCGGGCAACGGGACUGGUCGUUUGUUGGGUAAGGGCGACGAUCGUUAUUAUUCGAAUGUUCCUGAGGAAUUGAAGUGCCCGAUAUCGCUGGAUCUGAUGCGGGAUCCGGUGAUUCUGCCAUCUGGGCACACAUACGACCGGCUCUCGAUCUCUGAAUGGCUGGAUUCAGGCCACAACACAUGUCCGCUCACCGGUCAGAAGCUUCCGCGCAAUCCGCCACUCAUUCCCAAUUACGCGCUCCGGAGCCUCGUCAGCCAGUGGUGCGACCGUCACAACGUGCCCUUUCAUCUCACCAAUGCCGCCUCUGCAGAAGAAGACGCCGUCAAAAUGACCGCCGCCUUUUUGGUCGGAAAGCUCGCCGCAGGUUCUCUCCAGGUAAAGACGCAGGCAGCUUAUGAGCUUCGCCUCCUGGCCAAGCGCGCAACGAAUUUUCGCAAGUGCAUAGCUGAGGCUGGGGCAAUCCCUUUUCUGAUCCCUCUCUUAUCUUCUUCAUCGGAUUCUAGGGCUCAGGAAAACGCUGUCACUGCGCUUCUGAAUCUUUCAAUCAAUGACAACAAUAAGGCUCUCAUAAUGGCUGCCUCAGGCGCUGUGGAUGGGAUUGUGGGUGUGGUUCAACAGGGGGGUACUAUGGCUGCUCGAGAGAACGCCGCUGCCUUGAUUUUUAGUCUCUGUGUUGUGGACGAUUACAAGGUCACCAUUGGUGCCAAGCCUGCGGCCAUUCCUGCGCUGGUGAGCCUCCUUCAGGAAGGAAAAUCUCGAGGUAAAAAGGACGCCGUCACAGCUCUUUUUAACCUUUCAGUCUGCGAUGGUAACAAGGCCGCCGUUUUGAAUGCCGGUGUUGUGGGUAUGCUGGUCGAUCUGAUUGUGAAACGAGGGGAGGAGGAGGAGGGGAGAGAGAGCGUAACAGCUGAUGCUCUUGCUCUGCUCUCCCUUCUGUCUGGCUGCGCCGAAGGAUUGGAGGAGGUUAUGAGAAGUGACCAAGCAGUCAUUCCUGCUUUGGCUCAUUUAAUUAGGGUUGGAUCUGACAAAGAAAAGGAGAAUUCAAUUGCAGCAAUUUCAGCCAUGUGUCGCUGUGGUGGGGAGGUCAUGGAGAAACGAUUAGCAGAGAGCAUUGUUCCACCCCUGCAAAUGGCGGCCUCCAUGGGUUCAUCUCGCGUGAAGAAGAAGGCAACAUCGCUUCUCAAACGCCUCACCCCACACUGUAGAGGCUAGCUAAAUUGAGAAAAAACAAUAUCAAUUGUAAAUUUCUGGUUUUUACUCGGUAGAAUCCAAUCCGCUUAGUGGGUGGAAAAGGAAAGUCAUUCGUUAAUUUCUCCUUUUUACUCAGUAGAAUCCAAUCUGCUUGGUGGGUCGAAAUGAAAGUCUAUCCCCAUCAUGAAUGUUUUUUUGACUUUGGUUGUAUUUUAUAAUGCUGUACUCAAAAGUUUCAGCGACUAAAUGCAUUUAGUCUGAAAGCUGCAGGCUAUUAGGUUUACAGGGAGGAUUUCCAACGUUCCACUGUCCAUAGAAUUAUUAAAAAUAAAAGGAGGCUGUUGGAAAUUUGUCUGUAAUGUAAUAAAUUUAUGAUGAAAGAGACUGUUGGAUUUGGCA